AUGAAGAAGAUCUUCCAUAAGGAUAAGCAUGAGCCUCAGCUGAGCAGUCAGAUGGGACAGAACCAGCAGACUUCCCAUGUGGGACAGCAGCAAUCUUCCUCGUCUGGACAGCAGACGUCAGCGACUGCUCCUUCCACCAGCGGACAGGCCGAGACAGGCGAGGGUGUGAUCCUGCACACGACCCUGGGCGAUAUCACGAUUGCGCUGUAUAGGGACGAGACGCCCAAGACAUGCAAGAACUUCUCCGAGCUCGCCCGCACCGGCAAGUACGACAACGUCGUCUUCCACCGCAUCAUCCCGGGCUUCAUGAUCCAAGGCGGCGACCCGACCGGCACCGGCAGCGGCGGCUCGUCCAUCUACGGGAGCAAGUUCGAGGACGAGAUCGUGGGGACCCUGCGGCAUGAGGACAAGGGCACGCUUUCUAUGGCGAAUUCGGGGCCGGGGACGAAUGGGAGCCAGUUUUUUAUCACUCUCGGAGCAACGCCGCAUCUGAACGGCAAGCACACUGUUUUUGGACACGUGGUGCAGGGCAUGGAUGUUGUGGACAAGCUUGGCGCGGUGAGGACGGAUGGCAGCGAUCGGCCGCUUCAGGAGGUCAAGAUCGAGAGCUGCGAGGUCGUUUUCUAA